UGUUACGGUAAUUCAAUAACAACGCGCGUAAUCGCAAAAUGAAAGAUUACAUUCAGUAUACCUCACGAGACAAUUAUAAUAAUUAUUUACUCACGCCAAAUUGACGUUGAACAGAGAUUACAUGUGUUUUCAAUGCAAACGUUUGAAUACGUACAAAAAAUUUCAUUCUUAAUACGAAACCUUAUCAUUAUACGGUCAAACGUAUCAGUAGUAAUUGUGUUCCAUCAGUGGGGGUCCUUUAUUUGGAUAAUAGUCUGUCCCAUAAUAAUCCAACAAUUUGCGAUUCAAUCAGAAAUUAUUUAAAAAGUAAGAUAUCGCCAAAGCAAGCUAACCCUGAACGAACAAUAUUGAUGUGUCAGGCGAAAUUUAUAACUUGUCCGUGGCGCUCCGCCGCGUGAUAAAUGCAGUAGUCUAGGUACGGCUGAGCUAAAUCCAGCGAUGAUAAAGAAAAUCAUAAAAGGCAUAAUAACAAAUCAAAUGAGCGAGCAAGUCAACUGUAAGAACGAUUGACCCGAUAAUCAUUGAAAGUGCCGCAACAACUGUACGCAGCGUAGCAGUCAAUUAUACCGUAGGAAACAGGCCUGUUGAAAGAAUGAAAGCUCCAAUGAAGAUUCUGCUAUGCACGCUGCUCGUCAGCGCAACGGCCGCAGAGGAACUCGUGGAGACAAUGUCAAAGUCAGAGUUACGUCGCGUAUUCCUGCAGGCCAAGCACUUCGCCUUGAAGAAAGAUUAUCGCCGCUUGAAGAAGCAGGACGGCGCGAUCAAGCUGGUAGGCGGCGAGAGACCUGCAGAAGGCAACGUGGAGAUCCUACACAAGGGCAGAUGGGGCAAUGUAUGCGACGACGAGUGGGACGAGAUGGAAGCAAGGGUCGUCUGCAAGCAGCUCGGAUACACUUCUGGCAGAGCCAAGCCUACCUACGACGCCUUUUUCGGACAGGCAAGAAGACGCUACUGGAUGACGAAUCUGCUGUGCGAGGGCAAUGAACGCGAGCUGGCGCGAUGUCGCUUCAACGGCUGGGGCCAAGUUCACUGCAAAGCCAGCGAGGCGGCUGGCGUGAGCUGCGAGGACGAUAGCGACGGCAAGACGACGAUUGAGGGCCGCGCGUCGAACGUGAGCUUUAACCAGACAAAGCGCAAGAGCCGGAUAGGGGACAGUCCCCGCGGCGGUGUAGCACUGAGACUCGUCGCCGGUAGCUUUCGUCAAGGCCGUGUCGAGCUGAGAUUUGCCGACUCGGAUUGGGCUGCAGUUUGCGGCGACGGCUGGUCUCUGCGGGAAGCCGCCGUGGUCUGCAGACAGCUGGGACUUGGAUUCGCUGCCCAGGCCUAUCAGAGCAACGUCUUCGGCGCGGCGCGCGUCCCCAUGGCCGCCAGUGGGAUUAAUUGCCGUGGCGAUGAGAGACAGCUCGCCGAGUGCAGCCAUGACACCGUACUUGAUUGUCCUGGGGUGGGCGAGAACGUCGCCGGAGUGACGUGCACUCAACGCAUCGCCGACUUGGUAUUGGACCACACUGAGCUGGAGCGCACUGCCCACCUGGAAGACCGUCCAUUGUAUAAUUUGCAGUGCGCCAUGGAGGAAAACUGCGUGGCAUCGCAGGCAUAUCGGUCGCAGCGCGAAAACCGAGAUUGGCAUUGGGAAAGCCGAAGGCUGCUGCGUUUCACCGCGAGGGUGCUGAAUUUGGGCUCGGCCGACUUCCGACCCGCGCUUCCGAAACACCUCUGGGAAUGGCACAUGUGUCAUAUAACCGCUACAGCACGAACGGUUCCACUGAUGAAACGAGGUGAAAAGAAAGAAAACACAUGUCAAAGGCACUACCACUCGAUGGAGGUAUUCGCGACAUUCGACAUCAUCGAUUCGAAGGGCAGGCGCGUGGCCGAGGGUCACAAGGCUUCCUUUUGCCUUGAGGAUAAUCAGUGCUUACCAGGUAUAUGGCCUAGGUACAGAUGCGCGCAUUACGGCGACCAGGGAAUUUCGGUGAAUUGUAGUGAUAUUUACCGGCACAACAUCGACUGCCAGUGGAUCGACAUAACAGAGCUUGCUCCGGGAUCCUACACGCUCAAGGUCGCGGUGAAUCCGGAGGCGAAGGUGGGGGAGAUGUCGUUCGACAAUAACGCCGCCACGUGCAAGCUCCUCUACGCCGAGACGUUCGCCAAAGUCCAUAGCUGCGUGAUGGGCAGACCCUAAUGGACUCACACUUGCACAGAGCGCGCAGGCAUAUAUCGAGAGAGCAGAUUCGAUUGUAAAUGCCAUUAACGAGAGCGACCCCCUUUGUCGACACCGCGUCUCGCUGACUUUGCACCUGUCUGUGUGCCGCGCGCUGCGUACAUGCGCGUGCCACUGUGUGGCCGAGGCUUACAAUAUUGACCUCGAUGCCCUGCCAUACGCCCAGCACUGCCCGCCACCAACUUCAUACACCUACCCUUUUUCGAUGCUGCUCGCGAUUGCGAAAGCUACCUCUCCUCCUUUAUUGUGCGCGAGUUUGUUGCGUACCAAUGGCGGAUUUUUUACUUGUA